UUCGAGAUAAAAUUUAAGCUGUUUCGCAUUCUUUAUUUCUCUUUGAUUUCCCCUAAAUUGACUUCACUCUAUUUUUCCCAAUCAAUUUUUCUUCUUUUCAGGCGAGUGCUGCGAGUUCUCGUCUCAAAAUUGUGCAACCAUGACGUCUCAGGCAAGCUAUGAGAAGAUGCAGCUCCGUCAGAAUUACCGCAAUCUCUGGCACGCCGAUCUCGUUUCCACCAUGAAAGUCGACACUCCUUAUUGCUGCCUUGCCUUGUGGUGUGGACCAUGUGUAUCGUACCUGCUUCGCAAGCGUGCUCUUUACAAUGAUAUGUCAAGGUACGUGUGCUGUGCUGGGUAUAUGCCCUGCAGUGGUCGGUGCGGUGAAAGUAAAUGCCCCGAGUUUUGCCUUUGCACAGAGGUUCUCUGUUGCUUUGGAAAUUCAGUAGCUUCAACUCGCUUUCUUCUGCAAGACGAGUUUAACAUACAGACGACAAAGUGUGAUAAUUGCAUCAUUGGUUUCAUGUUUUGCCUUCAACAAGUCGCGUGCAUAUUUUCCAUUGUUGCCAUGAUAGUUGGAAGUGAUGAACUUUCUGAGGCCUCACAGAUACUGAACUGUGCAGCUGAUUUGGUCUACUGCACGGUGUGCGCUUGUAUGCAGACGCAACACAAGAUUGAAAUGGAUAAGCGAGACGGUAUGUUUGGUGGACAGCCAAUGGGAGUUCCCCCUGCUCAGCAGAUGUCCCGGCUUGAUCAGCCAUAUCCUCCCACUGCUGGAUAUCCUCCUCCACAGCCCUAUGGGCAACAACCUUAUGGCUAUCCACCCCCUCAAGCUCAGACUUACCCUCCAGCAGGUUAUCCGCCUCAAGCUCAGCCUUAUCCUCCAGCAGGUUAUCCUCCACAGGGCUAUCCUAAAUGAUCAUUCAAGGUCAUAAUUAUAUUUGCAUCCAGAUUACAUGGUUAUUCUCUUAUAUAUUUUUCGAAGUGGCACUGUGUUAAGCGAGAGAAGACAAAAGUUGUUCUUGUGCUGAAGAUUUAAUGUGUAUACUAAUUUUGAAUGCUGCUUGCUUGUUUAUAAUUCACACCUUUCUAUCUUCCCAUCUAUUUAACAUCUCGUCUGGGAUAUUGGGCUGGUCUUUU